AAACAGCAAAAGCCACCGGCGAGCAAGCAGCCGGGUGGGAGACUGGGACGGGCUCCGGGACAGGGUCCUCCCCACCCGCGUGCCGGCAGCUGCGCCCGCGCCUGCCCUUGUUUGGCCGCGCGGCCUCGGGGGGCGGUGCCGUCCGCGUCAGCGGCGCCCUCGGUGACGGCGACGUGCGGCCCGCGCCACUGCUGCCCGCGGACGCCGCGGACCCCCGGAGCUCAUGGCCCAGGCGAAGAUCAGCGCCAAGGCCCACGAGGGUCGCUUCUGUCGCUCCUCGUCCAUGGCCGAUCGUUCCAGCCGCCUGCUGGAGAGCCUGGACCAGCUGGAGCUCAGGGUUGAAGCUUUGAGAGACGCGGCUACUGCUGUUGAGCAAGAGAAAGAAAUUCUUCUGGAGAUGAUCCACAGCAUCCAGAACAGCCAGGACAUGAGGCAGAUUAGUGACGGAGAAAGAGAGGAGCUGAAUCUGACUGCAAACCGCCUGAUGGGACGGACCCUCACUGUCGAGGUCUCGGUGGAGACAAUUCGGAACCCCCAGCAGGAGGAAUCCUUGAAGCAUGCCACGAAGAUUAUAGAUGAGGUGGUGAAUAAGUUCCUGGACGACCUGGGAAACGCCAAGAGUCACUUAAUGUCACUCUACAGUGCCUGCUCAUCUGAGGUGCCACCUGGUCCAGUUGACCAAAAAUUUCAAUCGAUUGUAAUUGGUUGCGCCCUUGAAGAUCAGAAGAAAAUUAAGCGGCGUCUGGAGACUCUGCUGAGGAACAUUGACAACUCCGACAAGGCCAUUAAACUGUUAGAGCACUCGAAAGGAGCCGGUCCCAAGACUCUGCAAAACGCCGAUGGCAAAGUUAAUUAGUCUACAAACCCAUAGGCCCUUUACCAAGGCUGUAAAAAAGGAAAAAAAACCACUAUUUUAAAUAACUAGUUCUUUAUGUUAGGCAUAACCACUUAUACCUCAUACUGAUGAUUGUUUCAGAUGAGGGAGUAGCCCAGUGUCAAUAGACACACAAAUAACCCUUAAAACUAGACGUAUUUCAGUCUCUGACUCAGAAGCUUUGGACAGAAUUCCUGUCUUGAACUGGACUUUAGGGUUGUAUAUUUUAUUUCUGAAGAUGCACACAUAGUACUUGGGAAAAUAAAUAAAAGGGAAACGCAUCACUACUCUUUCCUUGACUUUAGUAUAGACACACCCAGCCUCUGGAGCAGUGUGCUCACACUAGUGUGAACAGAGCCCCCAGCCUCUGGAGUGAUGUGCUCAUACCAUAGUGUGAACAGAGCACCCAGCCUCUGGAGCGGUGUGCUCAUACCAUAGUGUGAACAGAGCACCCAGCCCCUGGAGCAGUGUGCUCACACUAGUGUGAACAGAGCACCCAGCCUCUGCAGCAGUGUGCUCACACUAGUGUGAACAGAGCCCCCAGCCUCUGGAGCAGUGUGCUCACACUAGUGUGAACAGAGCACCCAGCCUCUGGAGUGAUGUGCUCACACUAGUGUGAACAGAGCCCCCAGCCUCUGGAGCAGUGUGCUCACACCACAGUGUGAACAGAGCACCCAGCCCCUGAAGCAGUGUGGUCACAUCACACAGUGUGCCUAGAAAGAUAAAAGGAAACACAUCAGAACCUCACCCUGCAUAUUCUCAAUAUUUGAGCCAUCUGUUUUCUGCAUCUCAUCACAUAUCUUAUGUGUGUGGAGGCAUGACAUAAAAUGUAAGGAAACCACUUUACCAUGAUGACAGUCCAUAUCCACCAGGCAGUGGCCUGUCUCCACUGAGGGUGAGAAUGGGCCGCCCUGAAGUCACUGCGUUUGCAGUGGGAGUGAGCCAGCUACUGACCCAGCCCCUUUUCUGUGGUCAUGUGGGUGGUUUCAGCUUGUUGCUAUGACGACAGCACAUUUAUGUCCUUAGAGCUUUAUUCUGUUCUUGGUCUUCUUUGUAUAAAAUUCCACUAAUGGGUCCAUUGAGUCAAAAGAUAGAUACAUUUUCAUGGCCUAAAAACGUAUUUCUAAAUUUUUAUAAGUUUUAUCAGUUUGUACUGCCUUCAGUAAUUAAAAGAAUCCAUG